AUGGUUCUCGCGGCCGUGGGGCAGAUAUGCUCAACUGCGAGUAUAAGUUCAAAUCUGGCACAAUGCCGAUUGCUGGUGCAAAAGGCUGCUGUUGCAGGCGCUAAGGUAUUGUUUCUUCCCGAGGCAUCAGACUACAUCGCAUCCUCGGCAGAGCAAUCGUACUCUCUUGCUCAGUCUGCAGAGAGAGAUAGCUUUGUUUCGGCCCUUCAACAAGAUGCUGCGCAGCAUAGUAUUCACAUCAACGUGGGGAUCCAUGAGGUGGCCUCUGAGAGCAGACUGAAGAAUUUAUUGAUCUGGAUAGACAAUCAAGGUGCUAUCACGCAAAGCUACCAGAAAGUCCACUUGUUCGAUGUGGACAUAAAGGAUGGACCUUGCCUCAAGGAGAGCGCUCUGGCCCUGAGGCGGCAGAAUGCCGAGAUUAUUACAUAUCCAUCUGCCUUUACGGUGCCUACAGGAAAGGCUCACUGGGAGCCACUGUUAAGGGCAAGAGCCAUUGAGACGCAGUCAUACGUGAUCGCAGCGGCCCAGGCAGGCCCCCACAACGAGAAGAGGCGGAGCUACGGCCAUUCAGUCAUCAUCAGCCCGUGGGGAGAGGUAGUAGCGAGUCUGGGAGACGAAUAUCAAGAGCCCCAGAUUGCAACUGUGGAUAUUGACCUCGACCUCGUGGCAAAGAUCCGGCGUGAGAUGCCCCUGCUUCGGAGGAAUGAUCUAUACCCGGAGCUCUGA